AAUCAUUUCAAAUCGGCCGAACAUGCAGACGGACAGAUACCAAAAGCAAUAACAAAGUGAUCGAACCAAAAUAAAUACACACGCACAUACAUACAUACAAACAUAAAUAUGUAUUGCUGUUGAUUUUCGUUUAUUAGCCAUAUUCGUGUCUACUUCAAAACUUUACUUUAGCUGAUUACACAAAAGAGAUCCUCGACAAAUUCUUUAUCUCCCAUUCUCGAAUAUGUCCGACGGCGUGAGCAUCUUACACAUCAAGCAGGAGGUAGACACAUCCUCGGCCGGAGCAGCCUGCUACAGUCCCACCUCCAAGGCAGCGACGGCGCAAAGCAACUCCUGCAACAGCAAUAACGGAAUGAAGUCCUCCCCGUCCGUGUCGCCUGAGCGGCAGCUGUGCAGCUCAACGACAUCCCUGUCCUGCGAUCUCCACAACGUUUCGCUGAGUAACGACGGCGACAGCAUCAAGGGCGGCGGAGCGGGCAGUGGCAGCGGCGGCGGAGGCAGUGGUGGAGGCUCGACCCUCAAUGCCAGUGCAAAUGCUGGCUCCGUUCGAGAUGAGCUGCGUCGCCUGUGCCUGGUGUGCGGGGAUGUGGCGUCUGGGUUCCACUAUGGCGUCGCCAGCUGCGAGGCCUGCAAGGCCUUCUUCAAGCGCACCAUCCAGGGUAACAUCGAGUACACGUGUCCAGCGAACAACGAGUGCGAGAUAAACAAGCGGCGACGGAAGGCUUGUCAGGCCUGUCGCUUCCAGAAGUGCCUUCUCAUGGGCAUGCUCAAGGAGGGCGUGCGCUUGGAUCGGGUGCGCGGAGGGCGGCAAAAGUAUCGACGGAAUCCCGUCUCGAACUCGUACCAGACCAUGCAGCUGCUCUACCAGUCCAACACCACGUCGCUGUGUGACGUGAAGAUACUUGAAGUGCUCAACUCGUACGAGCCGGAUGCCCUGAGCGUGCAGACGCCAUCACAGCAGCCGCACACGACCAGUGGCGGCAAUGAUGAGGCCUCCUCCUCGUCAGGCAGCAUUAAGCUGGAGAGCAGCGCGGGCGGCAGCAGCGUGGGCGUCACGUCCAAUGGAACAUGCAUUUUCCAGAACAACAACAACGAUCCCAAUGAGAUACUCAGCGUGCUGAGCGACAUUUACGACAAGGAGCUGGUCAGCGUGAUUGGCUGGGCCAAGCAGAUUCCUGGCUUCAUAGAGCUCCCCCUCAACGAUCAGAUGAAGCUGCUGCAGGUGUCGUGGGCGGAGAUUCUAACACUGCAACUGACUUUCCGUUCGCUGCCCUUCAAUGGGAAACUCUGCUUCGCCACCGACGUCUGGAUGGACGAGCUGCUGGCGAAAGAGUGCGGCUAUACGGAGUUCUACUAUCACUGUGUUCAGAUUGCCCAGCGCAUGGAGCGAAUAUCGCCCCGUCGGGAGGAGUACUAUCUGCUGAAGGCUCUGCUCCUGUCCAACUGUGACAUUCUGCUCGACGAUCAGAGUUCCCUGCGCGCAUUUCGCGACACCAUACUCAAUUCGCUGAACGAUGUCGUCUACCUGCUGCGCCACUCCUCCGCUGUCUCCCAUCAGCAGCAGCUGCUGCUUAUCCUGCCCUCGCUGCGGCAAGCGGACGAUAUCCUGCGACGCUUUUGGCGCGGCGUUGCACGCGAUGAGGUAAUUACGAUGAAAAAGCUGUUUUUGGAAAUGCUCGAACCGCUGGCCAGGUGAAAGAAACAGACAGAAACAUGGCAGAAGUCUAGUGGAUCUAGUUAAGAUAAUUCUGGGUGCAAAUAUAGUCGUAAGAUGGGACGUACCGUACUCCUCGUAUACUAGUGUGCCUAGUCUAGUGUGUGUUUAAGCCCUAGAGUAAGCAUUGUAAUUGUACAUACAAUAAUAGUUAGUAAAUUACUUGUCCGGGUAUGAUUAGAU